CGAUGCCGGCAUAGAUCCAACCCCCACAUAGUACCGUUCGUAUAAUAAUCCAACUCCUCUUUUCCUACGAACCGUCGACACAUGUAUCGCGGAAUUCGGUUAACAACGAGCCUACGUCCACACGUGUUUUCCAAAAUUUUGCAAAUCAAAAAAAUCGCGUCUUCGUCCACACCGCGUCAGCCUCGAUUUUUUUUCAACCGUCAAAAUCAAAAUGGUUCGACACGACUGACGUAACGAAGUUUCGUCGCACACUUCGAAAUGAAAGAGCAACACUGGUAAUUCAAUUUUGCGCCGAGAGGUUCGAUAGCUGGAGAUAAGCAAGUACGGCUGCUGAGGUAGAGGAUGGGGUGUGCGCCGAGCGGAAUUUCCGGCAAAGGCGGCCUUCGACUUAUGGCAACAAAAAUCACGUUUUCGAAGGACGAGUUGGACAAUCUGAAUGAUUACUUUACCAAGUCUGUCGCUGAUUCGAUGGGGGUAAACGCUGAUACCACAACGAUUGAGGCUACGGUUGAAAGAUUGUUGCAGCGUCUCUUAGUCGGGGUUGGGAAUAUCGACAGUAGAUUCUCAUCGAUGUUUCUUAUCUCUUUAAACGAUCGCAGUCGAAUCAAGCAAUUGAAGUUCGAGUACCUGGUCAGGCUCGACGCUCUCUCGUCGCCAGGCCUCACCUCAGACCACGAGACGCCUGUCAGCGUCGAAGAAGAUGCGGCCAUGCCAGGAUUUGCGCGCGUCAGGAUCCGGGGAAUGGGUGCUGAGUCCUGGGGAGAGUUUCUCGGACCGGGAGGUCGUCUGAGGAGAGACUUAAUCAAAGCAAAGCUGGCGAAUCUUCUCGCCGCAGCGACGAAGCCGGGAUCAACAAACGGCGCUGAUGAGAGGCUGUGCUGGACCCCGGGACAAGUGGUCGACGCCGAGGUGCUCGAAAAAAUAUUAAAGCAGCCGGAUCACUGCAGGAUAUUCUACGGGCCAGCCCACGAAGAAGCCGUUUUGCCGGAGCCGAGGGAUCAUCGAGUUGCCCUCGUUGAAGACGCGGCGGGAAUCCUACUGAGGAUCGGUAUCGGCGGUUCGAAAAAUCGCGAGGCUGAAGUCCGGCUUUCGAUUGGAGUCGGCGUAUCUUCGUGGUCUUCCUUGGCCGAUUACCCUCGCCGAGUUCCUCUUCAUCACUGCGACGCUCUCCUGCACCUGACCGCCGCGCAAACAGGCAUGUACGUCGUGGCCGUCGGUCCGUAUCCUGGUGCUCGUUGCGAGGACCGGUCGACCCUCUGGAGGGUGCGAUUUCCGGGAGCAGAAACGGUAAUGAAGCAUCACUAUCACGAGGACAGCGUUCCGGCUCUUACAGAAACGGUACUUGGCGGUAUUCUGGAUCAGUUACGAGGAAGAGGCGAGUUGAAUCUCCCAAUGAAAAACAAGGACACACUGAGAGUCGUCUCGCGCCAUGUGCUGAAAACAAUUCACUGGUGGUCUCUGGAACGAGCAGGACCAGAUCCUUUGCGUAGCUGGGCUCCUGGUACACUGUCGCGACACGUGUUGACGAGCCUGGACGAAUUGGUCACAGCAUUGAAGUGUCAAAGUUUAAGAUGCUAUUUCUACCCGAGAUGCAACGUGAUGCUACAGUGUGCAAAAGGAGGAAUUCUCCACCACGAGGACUCGUACCUGUCGGACUCUCGACUCCUGGAAUCAUACCUGACGGCCCUGCAUCAGCAUUCGAUGAGCAGUACUCCAGUGGAUCUGGAGCCGUCCGACAUCCUGGAGAACGAGCUGAUAACGCGAUGGCGUCGUGUGAUCGCCUCACUCCCUAGGGGAACGAUGGGCAGGCAUUGUGGGUACAGCGGGAAGCAGCUCGAAUACCUGGGUCUGGUGAUCAGGGAAGUUUUGAAGGUCAAGAAAGCCGUCCUACAAAGCGGAGACGACGUUUCCUUCCUACAGAACUUUCCCACUCCUGGUCUGCACAGCUCGGAACCAACAGAGAAUCUAGUUUACCUCUUGACUCUGGUCCUGAGACAAGCCAGGGAUCAAAUCUACGCCGUGACGGACCGUCGGAACCGGAAGCAAGCUCGUCGCAAGAGGUUGAGACGCAGAACCAACAACAGCGCGACGGCUUACUUCGAGAGAUCCGUUGACGUCCUCAUCGAUAUCGUCAGGAGGGAUCGAGAGACCGCUUACGUCGACCUUGAGAACAACCUUGUGCUUGCCAAGACUCUCGUCAAGUGGCUGUAUUUUGGCAUGGAACACGACAGGAAAACCCUCGGGCCAAUCCUGCACUCCUACCUCGGGAAUCUGUUCAACUCAUCCCACGAGAAUGCCUGGCACGUGGAGUCGUGGAGGAAACGAGAGGAGAUAUUUAAUACGGAGAUGCGUUCGUUGUCCCUCUUUUGCAAGUUGGUUACGACGCAGGAAGUGUCGCCGGCUAACGGGGUGGUCGAUUCACUCUCUAAGGGUUGGACCUGGGCUGAGAAUGUAACGAAAAUGAUCGAGCGCUCGGAGAACGGUUUGAAGCUCGUUUUCCUCGCUGACAAAGUCGCCAGGUACAAUCUCACUUUUGCCAAUAAUAAGGGUCUCAACAUGUACUCGACGUGGAGCAAAGCCAGGAAUGUCAGCAACGCGGUCAAGCGCACCACCAUCGCCAGGACCAACAUGAUCACCAUCUCAAAUCUCUUGCCUGGCAUGAAUACCGCAGGCAGUUACGGCACGAGUAAAGAAUCGGCGAGGCACGUCGUUCUGCGGGAGGCAAGUCCUUUGACGAGUGUGGUAUCCAUGGGGCGAAGACGCGGUCGUCAGAGGGGCCCGGGGGGCUUGGUCCCAGCGCUGGUGGCGCUCAACAAGUUCAGGAUUCUCCAAGAGGUGGCAGCAGUUUUGCCCCACGAAGAACGAAUCGCGAUGCUGGACGCGGUUCAACGGGUCGCCCGGGAGGCGUCCCGACGUUCGCGUCGUUCGAGUUGCCCGGACCCAAGAACCUCUGGGUCUCCUCGCCAAACUUAUACCCCCAGAUCAGAGUCGAACCUGGACCUCCCACCGAGUCCGGCUUUGUCUCCGACGACACGGCAGCACAGCAUCAUCGCCGAACAUCAGAGGCAGCUGCAUCGCGAAAUGAUUGAGAUGCACGACACGAUGACCCGCGGUCUUCGACCCAGGGGUCAACUGCCUGCUUGGGACUCGGCGUCCCUUGCAUCCUGGACAUCUUCCGUUGGGUCCUUGGGGAGGACCAGACUGAGAAAGCACCGAUUGCCGACGUGGGAUGGAGUCAGAGGUCCAUCGCCGAUGUGGGACAGCGUCAGCACCGACGGUGGAAUGGGGAAAUCCCGAUCUGAGGAGAUGAUAAGUCGGGAAGAUUCGCCGAAAUGGAACACCUUGGAACGUCAGCAUCGCGGUAGUGACGGUCCAGAUUUCUGUGAACUUGGCGGUCGCUUGCCGAGUUGGGAUUGCUUGGAGGCGACUCUUGAUCAAAAGUUGUCCAAGUUCGACGUCCCGGCGGAGCCCGACUCUUUGGAGAUGAACAGAGACGUUGGCAUAGAUUAUCUUCUCGCUGCUAAUGCGAGCAGAGAAUAUAACGGGGAGGAUGACGAUGCCAACGAAUGCCGGAAGGCUAGAUCGCAGUGGAAAACUCCCCUCCUGAGACAGACCGAUGACAUGGCACUAAAGCUCACUCUUCCCAAGGACAAUUCCCUGCCGCCGACGACGAAGAACAGGGGGGAAAAAACGAGCGGCAAAAAACAAAUCCAGGAGAAAAUUAAGCGGAUGAAUUCGGGACGGCAACAAAGCGGUUAGAGUCGUCGUUUGCAGUUUGAUCAAGUGAUGAAGGAUACAUGUGUUUCGGAAUGAGCGUUGAGUGCAUGCUGUAAUAAACAGGGGGAAAAAAAAUUGUUGAAACACAAGCGAAGCGUCUUGGAGCUAUCGAUAUCAGCCACUUGAGAAAGCUCGAGGGUUUUCAAUUGCAGGGAUUACUUCUCUCCGCCUUUCUAUAUCCCGGAAGUGAAGGAGCUUGAACGAAUUGCCGAUAACCCGGUCUCGGAGACAGCAGAACUCGUUGGCCGGAGAUACGUUUCGACGUUUUGCAAACGAUGUUUGAACGAGCUUGACGUAACGUCGUAAGUACGACGAAUAUCAUUUUCAGGAAGGAAUGCAGCCGUUGAAAAUUGAGGAAUCGAUGCUCCAAGCCACGUCAGCCUCUGGAGAACCACUCGAAUAAUAAUUAGACACCAAUCCGCUCGAUCCUGAUUACCAACGCUAAUCCUUCAAAGCUGAAGUUCCACUCAUUCGCGUUUUAUGCUUAUCAGAAUUUUCACUGCUCUCAACGAUGCGAUACUCUGCACAUAAAAAGUGGAUAUCGGGUGAAUUUCAUUCAGCGGAAAAGCAU